UGCGUGUGUGUAUGUUUGCGUGAGCCGCUGAUAACGCAGCUGAUCGGGCGAUUCCAUUGAAUUCAAGUUUUCAAUUCGCAGAGCAUGGCCAGCAACUUCACCCAGUCCCAGCCGUCCAGGAUCACCAGCUACAUGGUCAACCAGCUGCAGCCGACGGCGCAGGAAACGAAGUUGGCGCUGAUUCCCAGUGCACCCCAGUGGCGCUCCCCCCAGCUGAUGGUCGUCUUCGAGGACGGUGAUCUGCACUCAGCGCGCCACCAGUUGCUCCAGUCCCUGCAGAAUCCCUUUGCCGAGGGAUCGGUGGCCACGUUGCUACUCCAGGAGAGCAUUGCCGAUCAGUUUGUGGGCCUAGUGGCGCAGGAUUUGCGUCCGUUGUCGCAGGAGGUGUCCAAGCAUCCGAGCUACACCAGCACGCUGGCCAAGAUCGAAGAGCUGAAGGCCAAGACAGUACAAGGCGAAAGCCUUAAGGCUGGGGAAUCACCCGUCUUGGUGUACGACUGCGUGCACAGCUAUCUGGGCAAUGGAGCGACGGGAGUGGUGACGGUGCACACAUUCCGCACAGCCAAGGAGGCCGGCCAGUUGGCCAAAAGGGAUCCCCUACCUUACGGCCAAGUUAGUCUGUGGAAUGAGAAGCUGGGCUGCGCCUACGAACUGAUACCACGACUACCGAGCGAUAUUGUGGCCAUUAAUUGCUUCAAUCCGGACUUGGAUCCCAUCUGGGAAUCCUUUGCUGCCGACCGCAACGAUGUUCUGCUGGCCAAGAACUAUCACUAUGAAUCGCUGGUGGUGAGCGGCAAACGGAGGAUCGUCGUCUUUCCCGUGGGCACCAUCUUCGGCAACUGAAGAGUGACAGUUCUGGACUUCGACGGCGACGAAUCACAUCCGGAAGGAAUUACAUCCAGCGCCGCACCAUUCAUGCUCCACUUUCACACGGGAGAGAGCGAGAACGCCACAGAGCCAGCCAUUAGAGAGGGAGCGAGCUGUGGUGACUCCAAACGCAGUGGCGCAGCAAAAGGGGCAACUAAACAAUGACUGAAAUUCCCAAAGAACUACGCCAUCAUUCUAUCGCCAGAAAGUAUUUACUCUUCUCACUCGAGGAAUCCCCUCUGUGAUUUUGGCUCGCCACCCCACAACUACGCCACUGUUACCCCUCUUGUGGUUAGAAGCUACGUUUGCUGGCGCUGCCUUUUGCUUAGGUUUGUUGUUGCGCUGUCCGUUGCCCGUUGCCAUUUGCCAGUCCGUCAGUCUGCGCUGGUUCCCGCUGGCGUGGUGAGGUGUCCGCUCGCGUUGCCGCUCCCGUUCCCGCUCCCGCUCACACGGCUCUUGAUUUUGGUGGACAAGCAAACCGCUUCCGCCACCGCUGGCGAUACAAAUACAAUAACUACACUACAGCUGCCGCUCCGGCAGAGAAAAUGCGUUGGCAGUUGCAGUUCCAAACGCUCAAAAGACGCUCGAAAAGCACAGACCGCCAAGCACCAACAUCUCCAAUCGGAAUCCACGAAACCAAAUAGAGCGCCACGAUGCCACCGCACAAAUGGACGGACGAGUCGCGGGACGCCUCCUGUUACUACGAUCCAUCCACCUCCUCCAAUUCAUCCGCCUCGGCGGAGCGCUCCGACGACGAAGCGGACGACGAACGGGAGGCGUUUUGCUCCGGCGAACGACCGCUAAUCCGCUCCAGCGGCGCUGCGGAGGAAAACCAUGGCUGUGGCCCAAAGACGCGUCACAUUUUCGGAUUCAUGGGCUUCCUGGGAUUCGCCGUGGUCUACGCGAUGCGGGUCAAUCUGUCGGUGGCCAUUGUGGCCAUGGUGAACCAAACGGCAAUUCCGCACAGCAACUCAUCGGUGAUUGAUACGGACACGUGUCCACUACCGGCACCACAUCACAAUGGUAGCGAUCCCAAUCCGCAGAAGGAGGGCGAGUUUGUGUGGGACGAGGCCACGCAGGGAUUGGUGCUCGGCAGUUUCUUCUAUGGCUAUGUGCUAACCCAAGUGCCCGGCGGACGGAUGGCCGAGCUGUAUGGUGGGAAGAAGAUCUACGGCUAUGGAGUGUUGAUCACGGCGGUCUUUACGCUUAUAACUCCAUUGGCUGCCCACUGGGAUCUGCCGCUGUUGGUCCUGGUCCGCAUCCUGGAGGGAAUGGGCGAGGGCGUCACCUAUCCAGCUAUGCACGCCAUGCUUGCCCACUGGAUACCGCCGCUGGAGAGGAACAAGUUCGCCGCAAUCGUCUAUGCGGGCUCCAAUAUCGGAACAGUCAUUUCCAUGCCGCUGGCCGGAUGGCUGUGCUCGCUGGACUUCCUGGGUGGCUGGCCGUCGGCUUUCUACAUCUUCGGACUGUUGGGCAUUCUGUGGUUCAUCGCAUGGAUGUAUUUGGUGUACGACAAGCCUAGCGAUCAUCCCAGGAUCUCAGAAUCGGAGCGAGAGUAUAUCGAAAGGAGUCUACAGGUUCAGAGGCUAAUAAAUCAGGAUCUAGCGGAGGCCGAGGAAGAGGAGGGACAGGAUGAAGUGAGUCUGCGGGCGCCGCCGGAGGAACCGAUACCCUGGUCAUCGCUGCUCACAUCCGUACCUCUGUGGGCCAUCUUGUUGACGCAAUGCGGCCAGGGAUGGGCCUUCUACACGCAGCUAACCGAGCUGCCCACCUACAUGAGCAACAUCCUACACUUUGACAUCCAGUCGAAUGCUCUGCUCAAUGCGGUGCCGUAUCUAACCUCCUGGUUCGUGGGCAUUGCCUGCUCCGCCCUGGCGGAUUGGAUGCUAGCCAGACGCUACAUAUCGCUGCUGAACUCGUAUAAGUUGUGGAACACGGUGGCCUCCGUGGUGCCAUCACUGGGCCUGAUUGGCAUCAUCUAUGUGGGCUGCGAUUGGGUGUGGGUCACCUUUAUGUUGGCCGGCGUGGGCUCUUUCGGCGGCGCCGUCUAUGCUGGCAACCAGAUGAAUCACAUAGCGCUCAGUCCACGAUAUGCAGGCACCAUGUAUGGCAUCACCAAUUCGGCGGCAAAUAUCUGUGGCUUCCUGGCUCCGUAUGUCAUCGGUCUAAUCAUCAAUCAUCGCGAGACUCUGACACAGUGGCAUCUGGUCUUCUGGCUGGCGGCGGGCUUGAAUAUAGCCGGUAACUUCAUCUACCUGAUCUUCGCCAGCGCCGAGGAGCAAAGCUGGUCGAAGACACCACCCACACGCAACUCACGAUCCCAGCGCGCUUGAAGCAAGCCUAACUAUACGCUAUUUUAGCUAGAUCAUAAGCAUUUGUGAUAAUUCCGAUAUAUACACAUAUAUCCUACAUAUGUAUUUGGGCUCGAAGUUUUCCGGAUGCAGGACAAGAAUGUGGCUUCC